CAAAAACCCCACGUGUCUAAAUUUACUAUUUCACGCUACUAUAAAAUAAAACUCCUCUCUAUCAAGUUUCAAUUCGCAAAGCAGAGCAAAACACAACAACAACAAAAAAAACAACAACAGAAACUGUUUACACAGAAGAAACUCAUGAAGGGUGAAUUAGAGUUACCUCCUGGUUUCAGAUUUCACCCCACCGAUGAAGAAUUGGUGAACCACUACUUGUGUAGGAAAUGUGCUGGUCAAUCAAUCUCCGUUCCGGUAGUCAAAGAAAUCGAUUUGUACAAGUUUGAUCCAUGGCAGCUUCCGGAAAUAGGUUUCCAAAGCGAGAAAGAAUGGUACUUCUUCUCUCCAAGGGACAGGAAAUACCCAAACGGUUCUCGGCCGAACCGGGCGGCCGGAAGCGGUUAUUGGAAAGCUACCGGAGCCGAUAAACCGAUCGGGAAACCGAAGGCGAUGGGGAUUAAAAAAGCACUGGUGUUCUACGCUGGAAAAGCUCCCAAAGGAGUUAAAACUAAUUGGAUUAUGCAUGAAUAUCGUCUCGCUAAUGUUGAUAGAUCAGCCGGCAAGAAAAACAACUUGAGGCUUGAUGAUUGGGUAUUGUGUAGAAUUUACAACAAGAAAGGGAAGAUUGAAAAAUACAACACGGUAACACCAAAGGUUGAUAGUUUUUAUGAUCAUGAAGAACAUGAGAGGAAGCCAGAAAUUGACAAGUUAGGGAAUUAUCAAUUGUACAUGGACUCGUCGGAUUCAAUUCCAAGGCUGCAUACGGACUCGUGUAGCUCAGGUCACGUGGUUUCACCGGAUGUCACGUGCGAUAAAGAGGUGCAGAGUGAGGUUAAAUGGAAUGAAUUUGGGUUACAGCUGGAUGACGCGUUUGAUUUUGAAUUGAAUUCUUUGUUGGAUACUAGUAACCUUUCGUUGGAUCUUGAUGGCCCUUUUGGGACCAAUUUUGAGUACCAAAUGAACCACCUCUCGCCGUUACAGGACAUGUUCAUGUACCCAAACAAGCCAUUUUGAUUCUUUUUCUGAAAAGGGGAAAAGAAAAAAAAUGAAUUGCUUGGGUUUGUGGGGUUGCCUAAUUUAUUUAUUUUUUGUAGGAAAAAAAAUCAUCAUUAGUUUAUGUAUUUACACCUAACUAUUGAAUGUUGACCAUUCACACAUCGGUUUGGGUGGACAAGAAUUUCCUACUAUGACUAUACGGUUGUACAAUUGCUGCACACUACAACAGUUAUAAAAAAUCUAAAGUCUUGAUUGGGUAAAGGUAAACUAUUCUUAUUCUCUGCUCUAGAGAGAUCAGAGAAUUGUGAUUUUGGUUGACAUGGACCAUUUGGAUUGGACUUAAUUUGUGCAAAAAAGAAGAAUUGUAAAAGGAGAUAGAUUCUGCAGUUUGUAAGUAUAAAAAAAUAAUAAGUAUUAGGAUUAUCUCCACUGGUUGUAGAUUCAAAUCUAAUGGGCCAUGUAUUGGUGUGUCAAUGUGUAGGUGCAAAAUAUUCUUGUUGUGUUGCUAUUAGGAAAGCAUUUUUUCAUAUAUUUGUAAUAUACAACUUCUAUUCUUUUUAAUUCAAUUCAAAGAGAUGGAAUGCAUCUACAUGGCCUAAGUUUGACACUUU